AUGUCGUCAUCAACAUUUGCUACAGAAAUUAAUCAAAAUGGUUUACCAAAUGAUAUUUUUCAUUGAUGCGAAAAAAUAUCAAUAGCCAAUUCAAUUAAAAAUCGUGGUGGACAUAUAGGAAAUUAUCAGUUUACUUUUCCACAACAUCAUAAAAAUCAUAAAGAUACAAUUAAUUAUUCAAUAGGACAUGUUAAUGAAUUGAAUUUGACUGAAAAUGAUAUUGAAAUUAUUAUCAAAAAUGCAUUUGAAGCAGCUCAAAAGUAUGUUGCAAUGGUUAAUAUGACUCAAUUUUUGGAAAAAAAAAUAUCUAUACAUUAUCAGAUUAUCGACUAUCCAGUUGAUAAUAAUAGUUCUGAUGAAAAUGAUGUUUCCAAUAUAUUAAAUAAUGAAGAACAAUUAUCACCAAAUAAUACCGAUGAUGAAGAGGAAGGAAAUACAAUAGUAACUGAUGUUUCUGAUACAGCACAAAAAAAGUUCAAUGGUUGUCGUAUAUACGACAAAAUCAAUCCACAACAAUCAAAGAAAUAUUUUCGUAUACGUAUGGGUUCAUCAUAUAAAUUUAUACACAAACAAACAGCUUGUUGGUUACUUACAACAGAUAAACAACCAUCUUCAAGUGAUCGAUUACUACGUGUUCAGCAAUAA